AUGGGCGAGCAACUUGCAAAAGGCGCAAGGGAUGCUGAGUUGAUGGGAGAAAGCAUUAUUGGCAUUUACCUCACGACAGAGCCUCUGUGCGAGUCGAAUCGGCCGGUGGAAGAUGACGAGCCGAGACUACGGCGCUUUGUUGAUGACCAAGAAAACAUCCAACGGCCCCGCCUGAUCGGGAGUGGGAAACACGGCGUCGUGAUCCUGACAAACAUCAAAGGAGCUGCAUAUGCCUUGAAAGUUUUCAAGUGUUGGAAGCAACCCGGUCCUGUCUUUUAUGCAUAUGAUGGUGCUAUCCACACCUCACCACUUGCCUGUGAAAGUAGAGCUUAUGCUCGACUGGACUCACUCAAUGAAAAUGGAACAUGGGCUGCCCGGUGUUACGGAUGGAUGAGAUUGUCUGAUACUCAAUUCAAGGUACUCGGGAAUGUUGUUAACACCCAUGGCUUGAGCCGAUGGGCUAUUGUCAAAGAAUACAUACCAUCCUCGACACUUCCGUGCGACAUUCAGACGAUCUUUACGAAUUUCAAUAUCCCCGAAGCAAGCGCGAAUACUCCCCCAGGACAUUCGAGUCGAGAACUAUAG